AGUAGACUCGGUUCACCGUGGCGUGCAGUGUCCACGACCGUCACCUCGAGAGAUAGUGGUUUUGAAACGCGCGCUUCGCACUCCGGCGCGGUAUCGCAGUCAAGAGGCUCCGAGGACGCUGGCAGAACCGCGGUCGCGUCGGCGACGCUUUCGCGAAGCACACAUGGCACGGUGAAGCCGCGCUGGUAACAAGCCCUCGCCUCCCGCGGCGAUGAGGGGUCCAGGUGCAUCCCCGCAGCCGAUGUGCGGGCGAGGAGGUCCCCCGUUGCAGCUGCCGAUUGACGCGGUCCUGUUUGGGUGGUGCCGGGCGUGAUCCGUUCCCCCCCCCCUCUCCUCGACGGGGCAGUCGAGCGCGAAAGCGGCGGGGCAGCUUGCCAGGAAGAAGAGCCGCGAUCCCGACGAUCGAGAGCGGCGUGGGGGCGCACUUACUGCCGGGGAAACCGAAACACAUUCGUGCGGGCCAUCGAUGCUGCCGCGUGUCGACGAGGAGGCGACGGACCGCGGAAAGCACGAAAUCUAGCGGCGCUCCAUUCUGGUUUUCGAAAGCGGGCGCGCACAUCUCUGAGGAAGCAACAAGACUUGGACAGGCUCAAGACGUCGAUGCGCGAAUCUCGCCGCCCUCGUCGAAGCUCCGCUGGUCACAGAAUACGGUGCACUCAGCUGGCUAGCCAGCCUUGAUCCAUCCACUCGAUCCCCUUGCGGUGACGUACGCGACCCGUGAGCGCCCGUCCAUGCCCGACUCCCAUUGGCUGGCUGUGCGAGGAGCGCGGUUGUUGUCUGGCGCGCGCCGUAUCAUACGACUACCCGUUCUGCCCGCCGCUGCCGUCUCCGCGUUGCGGUACGUGCGGUCGAGGUAAACAAAGGACCGGCGUUCCCCCGGUCGUGAACUUGCCCGCGCUGCUGGGGAAGAUCGCGCGCCCUGUGGCUCGAGCCCGAAGAAGCCAGGACGCCGUGACUCGCUAUGGUUUGUCCCGCGGGCCAUGGACCAAGCGGGCGAGCCCGAGGUGCACGUUUGGGCGAAGGCGGUUACCGCGGAUGCGGCCUGCGAGCAGCAGCUCAUCGAGCCCGCCGAGGUCGUGCCCUGCAUUGCCGAGGACUGCGGGCCGUUCUGCAAAAUCUGCCACAUGCCGGCCCGAGACGAUGACCCGCUCAUCUCGCCCUGCCGCUGCUCCGGCACCGUGCAGUACAUCCACUGCGGGUGCCUCACGCGCUGGCUGGAGAUACUGAGUAAGAAGUCCCGCAAGCCGCCAAGCUGCGAGCUCUGCCAGUACCAGUACCAAUGGCACAAGAAAUUCCGGGCCGGUGGUUCCUGGCGCCUCCCGCCAUGCUCGCCACGCGACAAGGUCCUGCACAGCGUCUUCCUGCUGGCCGUGAUCGUCAUGGUGGCCUGUGCCACCGUCACAAUCGUCUGCUUCCGCCAGGAGGCGCCGUCGACGACAACGACGACGUCCGGCCGUCGAAGCGACCUCACCCACUCGGAGCUGGUGACGCUGGUGUGUGGGGUUCUGUUCUUCCUGGCCUUUUUUGUGGCCAUGUACGUGGAGGUCACCGCCCGCAGCACCCUCUACCGGUUGCUUCUGCGGUUCGUCUAUCUCAACCAGCAGUGGUACAUAGAUGAGUACGACGCAAAGCGUGGACCCGUGGCUGUCUGACGGGCGCUUUUGACCUGCUUGCAGGAGCAAGUUUACAACUAAGCUUGGCUGGAGGUUUGUUUGAUCUCUGCAAGUGCAUUUGAAAACAAAUAAGCUGUCUCACGUUCACUUGUGUAAGGCAGCAUGUGCUUCUUUCUGUAAGGUGUUUGUUGUCUUUGUGCUGUUUGUUGCCUGUAUUGACUUUUUUUUUUUUUUUUGAAGAACAGUCUGUGGUCCUCUGUCUCCACCAGGAAACAGUCUACAGCUAAGCAGUCUCAGCUUCGCCUUAAAUGUGAGCAAACAUGUGUUUGCCCCUGGAAGGUGUUUGUUGCAUUUGUGUUCUUUGCUGGUCUUCAGUAUUGUCAGUUGUCAGAUUGCCAACUUCGUGAGAUGCAGCCCUGUUGGCCAGGGCUGAUGCACUCUUAUUUGCUGUUGUCUGGUCACUAGGUUCACGGGACGUCGCAGAGGAUUGCAGUGGUUUCUUAGAAAACUCCAUGUGCUACAUCGUCUCGGCUGGUGUUAAUCACCACCUCAUUUUGCCUACCAAGCUUGACUGGAGGUUGAGCAUGUUGCCAUGAAAACCCUGGAGCACCUAAAUUCCUGGCACCUGCCUGGUGUGAGGAGACGCAGAAAUCCAGCAUUAUGUUGCAUUGAUGCAGCGUGGACGUGAAUGGAUCGCGUUUCUUGCGUCAAGUGUGAGACCCCUUUGCAGCCCAAAGCCUUGAACUUCUUUUACCCUGCCUUGCCGUAAUGCUUGAAUGUCCGUGAAACGGUCAUCGGCAGCUCGUUUGCAGGAUUAUUAUGAGGAAAUGGCAAACAAAUGAGCAACCUUGCUUUCCUUUAGAUUAAAGUAAGUGAGACUAUGUGAGGGCAGUGCGCUUGGCAAGGCCAUUACAUGCGGUGCCAAUUCAUAGCAGAGUGCAGGUGUAGGCCAGUCGGUGAUUCAUGAUUUUGGGAAGUUGCCGUAACCAAAAUACGAGAGUUGAAGAAAGGGUCAACACGAAGUGGCACUGACAACUGAUGACUGAUGCAUCAGUUGUCAGUACCGCUUCGUGUUGUGCCUUUCUUCAAGUGUCAUGUUUUGUUUGCGGUAGCGUCCCAAAAUCAUGCCAAUUCAUACUGGAACAUCCGACAUGCGAAAGGGCACUGGUUGUCUUGUCGCAUGUGUAGCUGUACGUCUUUGGCAAGCUUGGGCCGGGCAUCCAGGGGCAGUGGAAACAAAUCGAAUGUUUGUUUGGGGCAACGCUGGCGCUACAGGAUGAUGCUACAAUAACUGAGUCCAUGUGUAUGGUCCCCCAGCUGCAUCAGCUGGCCAUUGUAAGCCAAACAGAAAAGGUGGUGGUUUUUCACAUUUUGCUCCUUCACAAGCUUCACUAUUGAACAGAUUUUCAAACGGCAUUGCAUUUAUUGAAGGGAGUGAACUAAUUUUGCAGUAUUUUUUGUCAUUCUCUUUCUUUUUAUACUUUUGCGAGCAGACAGACAUUCUGCGUUCCAUUUGAUGCGAAAAGUUCACAGUUGAAACGUCCCUAUGCUUUAAUGUUGCUUAAGCAUUAUAUAUAUAGUAGCAGAUGGCGGGUAGGGUCUGUGCCAACGUGCGAAACUUCAGUAGCACUAGCCCUUUAGGCAAUAGAGAGGAAUGAGUCUCACAGGGAAUUGAUUAAUUUAUUUAAUCAAUCGAUCAAUUGUAGGGGUCAAAGAGUCUCGCAUCAUAGCAGUGGAAGGUGUGCGACACUUUCUUUUGAAGCUGUGUACACCUUGCAGCUGUCAACUAUCGACAGUCAGACCAUAUGCUUUUUUGGGGCGUUCCAAAAAAGCAUGCGGCACCAUUUUAAGAGGGUUUUUCAGACAGGCGUUCGCGCCUGCUCACAAGUGUCUGGCGCAGAUUACGGUUGUGCCCAGGGAGUUCUCGUCGGAAAGGUCCAUAUGUGAGAGAGGGAGCAAAUGACCAAAUCACUGAGGGACCAUCACGAAUCCCUCUUCAUGAAGGGGCAAUUUUCCAAAGCACAGCAGCUUUGCAGCACCUACAUGGCUUGUCAUGUGGUUUUAGCUGCCAGGCUUACGUGCAGAACCAUUGCUCCAAGCACAUUGUUUCGUACUAGUUGGUCAGUGCCAACCCCUGCAUUAAAGUGUGAUGUGGCUGCUUGUCUGUAUGUGGCAGUCUUUCUUUUCACUCAACUGGCACUUCUGGGCAACUGUUUAGCCAAACCAUCUAAGCUUGUGACCCUGCGUACCAGUGAGCUUUGUAAGCUAACGAGUGUCACUGGUAGUUAGUCAUAUGAAGGAAACAGACACUAAAGCCAGAGUAAGCAUAGGAGAAAUUAACUCGCGUUUAAUUAUUUAAUUAAUAUAAUACGAAAGGCAAAAUGAAAGUGGGCGGGAAAAGAGAGCAUGCCGCUGGUGGGAAACAAAGCCGCACCUUUCGAAAUACAAAAUGGUGCUCUACUGUUAAGCAACCACGGCAACCGUCUUUCCAUCAACUCACGCGCACAUUUGUCCGACAUGGUGCCAUGUGGUUGUAUGAAUGGGCAUGCUGAGAUGUGGCGGCUUCGGAUUGUCAUCUUUCUCAGGCAGCCUAGGGACCAUAAGAAUCAUCUUGUUAGCAGCACUCAUCUGUUACGAUUGUUCACACCUUACUAAGCAGCGUAAAAAGGCCAAUUUUUCUUUGUUUUUAUGUAAAACAAAUGUUUUAUUAAACCAUGAGAACUCCUGCCGGGUUGUAUAUUAAAUGUACUGGCAGGCACUGAAGGUAGAAGAUAAUUUACACUGUCCGCACUUAGUGUGCAUCAGUUUGAAUCGUCCGUUUUUUUUUUAAUUCAAUAAAUAAAUAAAUAAGGACUUUGUAUGGCGAUUCCAUUCUAGGAAAGCAUUAUUUGCGUGACAGUGAAAUGAAACUAUGUUUUAAGCCGAGCCACUUUUCAAGACGAGGAUCACUCACCCACAUCUCGGCUUUCCCACGGUGACACAGCACCCAUUAUCAAACUUGUAGACUGCGGCGCCAAAUUUUUCUUGUAAACUAUAUGUCCCGUGCUGCCAGCCACUGUGCGUGACUUAGUGCGUAAGCAUGUGUUUGAGCACAGGCAAUGCAGCUGCUCUUCAAGGCAACUGCAUUCAGAGAUUUGACAGUGGAAUGCCUGUUCUGCUCGAGCGCUGCUGCAUGUUGUCCUUUAGGGCCAAAUGACUGCAGAAUCAUUUCUUCGCUGUUUAACUGCUUUUCUUUCAGCUCUUGCUCGAACGAAGCGAGUCCAGCUUCGUGAAUAUAUGCACUACUUGAAAAGACAUAAAGAAAAGAAAAUAAAGGUGUCGAUGCUUGUCCGCCCAUCAAAGCGAGGAAACAGUCAGCAGCCCGGCCACUGAUUUCAUUUGCACUGUUAUGUGCUGUUUUUAAUGCCUGAAGGCGAAAUGCAGAGCUUGGCUUUUGUAUUCACCUAUGACCACUAGCAGAACUGCUUCUAUGGAUCUGAUGUUUUUACAUCACUGCAGAGGUCAGUAGUCGACACAGCUACAUCCUGGGCACACCGUAUUACAUUUUUUUCCUUCCAACUUCCAUUGUGGAUUUUUAUCUAGCUGUAAAUUAACUUUUACAUUCUUACUCUACAGCCUCGAGGUAAAGCAACCAGGCAGUAAAAGGGCUCAUAGAGGUGCAGCGGUCCAGAAAGGCUUGUUAAAGCCUUGUUAUGUUCCCGAUGUGGCGUGUUUUUUGUGUUCCAGUACCUUUCUGCAUUUGUUUUUUGGGAAAUUACAAAACCAAAUAUGCAGCAAAGAGAAUGGCUGUAUUGCCUUAGGUCAUAGCCUCAUUCACACAGCUUCAACAAGGUGGAAUUCUGUGGGCAUUUUCUCUGUCAUGGGCUGCCUUACUCCCAUCUGUCCAGAUGUCUGUACAAGAACUGCUUUUGGUCUAUCUAAACUGUUGCCCAGUAGCUGGCUGCCUGAUGUUGGGCUGGAACUGGCUGGGAAAGGAGAAAAAAGAAGCGCUCCAUUUCAAAAGCGAGAGAGCUAGCUUCAUGCCAAGUGCGAUUGCAAGAGCUGAAAACACGAUCACCGCCAUGUUUUUAACAUUAUCUAUAGGGCUAAUUAAACAAACACCAACCAAGUAGGUUUAAUCUUAAUAAAGUAGGCCCAACCAAAUAGGUAUGACUGAUUAUAUAUAACCUACAGGGCUGUCAGCCCAUUGUAAGAAUAAAAAGCUGCUGCAGCCUCCCAAAGUCAAUCCUGACGAAGAAGUUGGAAGGACUCAGAAACAUUCGGUUAAAUUUAAUACACCUACUUGGUAAUACACCUACCUACUAAUUAGUCUGUAUAAUUUCAAAUGUUCACCUUCUAACUUUACAUUCUGCUUGUGAGCUCCAUAUGCAGUAUAUAACUGGAAUACUUUGUGGAAGUGUUUCCACUUCUGUGCAUGACUCACGGAAUGCAUUUGCUCAACAAGGGCUGGUUCAAAACACCUUAUAAGCAAAGGCUCCGACGCUCCCGAAGUUCUCGACUGACCGCUUUUGGGGAUUCCUUCAAUUUUGCAUGAUGUAAGGUGCAGUUAAGGCCUAAUAGAGCCACAGGGCAUACUCUGUAGAUGGCCUUGAGAACUGGUUGUUAUCCAGCUCCGAUGGCAGGUGUCCACUUCAGCUGGCUUAACGUGUCGAUGGGCAUUGACAGAUGGCAUCCGCAAAAGAAUUAUUGUUUGGGAGGAAGGUACCAGAAUACAAAACAAUCUUUUGGUGUUUGCCGGUUGUGGCUUGCCCUGUGAUGCUUCUCGUCAUAUUUCAAAAUGGUACUUAAAAUUCUGACAUUAUGACAAGACACGUGGCUGUCGCAACCAUUUUGAUUACGUUGAGCUUUAUCUCUGGCUCUACAUGCAGUCUACAACUGGAAUACCUUGUCGAAGUGUUUCCAGUUCUGUGCAUGACUAGCGGAAUGCGUUUGCUCAACAAGGGCUGGUUCAAAGCGCCUUAUAAGGAAAGGCUCCGACACUCCCGAUGUUCUCGACUGACCGCUUUUGGAGAUUUCUCUGGCAUUAGAAAACAUGUGUCUGACUUCUAUGCUGAAUAGAAUGGGCGGAAUGUGAGCCAUGAGUGACCUUGCACUGUCUUCUUCUUUUUUUUCUCUCUCAAUCUCGCCUACUUAAAAGUUUACUACAUGUAAUUGUUCAUGAAAACUUGGUGCUUGGAGCAGAUAGCCAGCUGCCUUUUGGUGCGACAGGGAGGGGGGAGGGAGAAACAGUCAGGCCAGCAGGGGGUGAGGUAAGAUGAUUAGGUUAUGAAAUCAGUUAACUGGAGAACACUAGGAAGAAGGAAGACCUGUUGCCCUACCAAUGAUGAGCCCAACGGCUGCGCUGACAAACAUGAGCAUUUGGUGUUCCAGCAUCUUGUCACAACAAUGUGAAUUGAAACACCUUAACAGAGCCCCACAUUUGCUUGGUGUGCAUUCUCCGUUCAGCAGACUUUGCAAAGAGAAUGCAUUGUGCAGUGCACUGCACUCUUUUCCUGCGCUGAUGACCAAAGGAAUCUCUCAAACUGUGUUCCUGCUAAGGUGCCUUCAACAUCCUUGCGCUUGAUACUGCUGUCAUUGCUGUUCGACCUGAAACUUGUGGGUGAACUGCACUGGUUGUUUCGGAGGAGUUGUUUGAAUCCUUGGGCAAGUGCUGGCAUUGAUCUUGGAUUUUGCAAGUUCUCACCUCCUGUGCGAGAACAUCAUGUUGCUAGUAUUGCAGCAACAUGACAUGAUGUCACUUCUGUCAUGCAGCAAAGCCAACAGAAGUGACAUGGUGCUCUCCGCCUUCCGGUCAAAUCCAUGCAUUGGUGACAGAGCAAGACAGAGUGAUGCACCCCGCAAUGGUUUGAUGUGAAACAACUUCUGGAAAAUGCAGCUACACUCUGAGUUGACCACUAAGGGAACAAGUUCUCUGCUGUGGAGCAGAAAAUCACUCUCUUUGAUCAACCAGUGGAAUUCACUUUCAAUGGAUAACGCACAGGGUGUUUUCUCGUUACACUUGGACAGCCGAGGUGCCAAUCCAUAGUGCAUUUUGUCGCUCACAUAGUUCAUUGUACUACUAGGGUGCUAUGCGAGUGUGCAGUGUUGUCCAAUUACGCCAUGUUGGCAUUUUGAGCCAAUUAGAUAGGGUCCUAGUGUAGCUGGCUCCGUUUUCCAAUCAGAGAUGACAAGGUGGUGAAUUUGACAAUGGAGUGGAACUUGGAAGUGUUCAGAAUGGCAUCCCUGGACAACUCGAUACAAUCAGCAAAUAAGUGCUGAUGUCGUGAAGACAAGUAGACGAUGGACUAGCUUAGAAUCGUACUUGAGUGAAUUGGUGCAUGAGCAAGGCAGCUUACAUCCGCAUGUGCUGUAGCGGAAAUCAUGCCGGUAAAUUUUUUAAACGCCCUCUUCUGUUGUGAUGCCUUAAUUGCAUGCAGAUUUGCUGCAAAAGGGUGCAAACAUGCUGUCAUCCACUGAGCCCAUUUUGGGACCAGCAUUUUGUCUUUAAUGUGUCUACAUUUCCAUGCCUACCAGGCAGCUUUAAGCUUCAGUUUCCUGUUUGUAGGCGCAAAGCAGUCAUAUUUGGCAUCGGCACUCUAUGCUGGUGUGUGGAACAGAAGCAAAAAUUUGUGUUCUGUGAUUUUGUACGGCACCUAAAGUGCCGUACUUUGGGAAGAAGACGGAAGGAUCUCGACAUGCACAUGGCCUCGUGGCAUGUGAAGCAAGUGUCAAUGUGUGUGCAGUGUGAAAACGUGCUUGAAUAAUGUGCCCUCGGUGUUUGUGGCAGAGCUUUUGCCACAAUUUAGUCACUGUUGUUUAGUCAUGUUCGGAGUGGAAUCUGUCUGGUCCAUGAAUAAAGAGCCUUUGGUGUACAAACUUGUA